AUGUCCUCCAACACCUCCACCAGCACCCAGAAGGUCACCCCGCUGGGGGAGAACAACUACAACACCUGGAUGCCCGAGAUGAGGGCCUACCUCGCCGAGCAGAAGGUCUGGUUCAUCGUCUCUGGCGAGGAUUUGAGGCCCUCGGACGACGCUGGGGCCGUGGCAUGGAGGGAUAAGGCUGCGGCAGCAGCAGGAGCCAUCUAUAGGGCGCUGGAGCCGGGUCAGAGGGUGCAUGUGGUGGGGAUUGAGAUGGAUCCGGUGAAGAUGUGGGCAAAGUUGGCCGAGGUCCACCUCCAGAAGGUGUCUGGUGCGCGUUUCAACGCCCUGGACGCCCUCCUCACCGUUAGAAAGGGUGCUGACGAGUCCCUCCCCUCCCUCAUCGCUCGAGUCGACUCCCUGCACCAGGAACUCAAGGCCCUUCGUCCAGAACGCUACAGCAUCGCCGACCUCGACGACGACCUCGCCGCCAUGUCCAUGCUCCACUCCCUCGGCCCAGAAUACGCCGAGUUCACCUCCUCCCUCGUCCGCUUCAACCCCAGCCGUUCCAACGUCGUUCAGGCCUUC